AUCUAAUAGUUGGCUCAAAGAGUGAGAGAGAGGGAGAGAGAGCGUGAGAGAGUGAGCGUAUUACUGGCGAGGCAGGGCAUCGGGGCAGAGGUGCAGAUGAAAAGAGCCUAGAGAUCCUACAUCACGCUCUGAAAUACAACUACCAGACCUCCAAAAUAAAGAUGCACGGACAGAAGCAGUGGAUGCAGGUGGCUGUGAUGGCGCUCCUGGUGUUGACAGUGAUGGCAGCAGAAGGAGGCAAAGCAGAGAAACAAGGGAAGAAGGAGCGUAAAUCGGACUGUGGGGAGUGGCAGUGGAGUGUGUGCGUAGCCAACGAGGGAGACUGCGGCCUAGGCACCAGGGAGGGGACUCGAACUGGCACCGACUGCAAGCAAACCAUGAAGACCCAACGCUGCAAGAUCCCCUGCAACUGGAAGAAGAAGUUUGGAGGGGAAUGCAAGUACGACUUCCAGGCUUGGGGAGAGUGUGAUCUGGCAACGGGCAAGAAGAACAGGACAGGUGUGCUGAAGCGAGCGCUCAUGGAUGCAACCUGUGCUACUACUGUCACAGCCACUAAGCCCUGUGGGAAAAUCCCCAAAACCAAGCUCCAAGACUCAAAGAAACAAAAGAAGGAAGGCAAGAAACGAGAGCGCACCCAAAUGGACUAAUGAGGUUGUUCGUCCCAGGGAGGGAAGAAGAAGAAGAGGGCACAAAGACGCACGCUGCCCGAUUCCAACGUGAUUCCUCUUUGCUUGUCCUGUAGGUUGGCGGUAGAAUCCUAGAGCUAUACAACUUGUAGUGGCAACGUGUUUUACUUUUUAUUCUUUCUAGAACCUGAUAAGAAACAACUUGUAUAGUCAAUUUAAUACUCUGUGAUACCAAUAAUGAAUAUGGAAACCAUUUGUUUGCUAGCGCGCUUGCCUAAUGAUGUUUCUGGAGAACAAAUUGGAGAGGAUUUGUUUUCCAAGUUGUUUUGUCUAACUCUAAUUUGGAAAAGUCUUCGGUCCGUGCCCCGACUUAAUGAAGCUCAAAGCAAAGCUCGAAAUAUUGCCACCUAAUUGAGC